AGCAAGUUCUACACACAGCCACGAAAAAGGCCCUCCCCGACAUCCUCACCAGACAUGCCUGUAACAGUGAUGGGAUCAAGUGAAAAGCCGCCUUUAAGAUCUUCGACCCUAGAACCCUCUUCCUACUACAUUCCAUGCUUCUCUAGCUGAUGAAUUCCAACAGUAUUUUUCCAAUAUAAGAGUUCAAAAUUACAACUGAAUGUUGGGGUGCUACAUAAGCUUGCUGGGGCAUACUAUAAGCCCAAGUAAAUACAGAAGAAUGCAUUCCUAAGGAAACAUGCAAAGCACAGUUUUAAAAUCUAUUUAGAUCAGUGGUUUCCAACCUUGGGAAACGUAGGUAUCUUUGGACUGCAAUUCCCAGAAACCCCAGUUCUCACACACUGCUAUACCUAUGCCUGAGGAACAAAAGUAAACAGAUAAAUAUCUGUGAUAGUUAUCUGCUUCUCCACUUCCACUGCCUGCUUCUGUAUGAUUGUGGAAUAUUCAAUUCAAUUCUCCAUGUUGAAUUUUAAAAUGCAAAUAUCUCAGACUCUCCUUUUGAGCUCUCCAAAAAACAGAGGUGCAGUUAAAGUGCAACACUUUAACUGCUGUACUAACCAUUCUAACCUGGGACCAAGCCACACUGAAACAGUGGAACCAAUCUGCUAAAUGUGGAAAGAUUGCACUAGUUAACUGGAUGCUAUUGGAAAUGAAGGUAAUCCGAAUUCAUCCUGUUUCUGAUCCACACACAACAUAUUUUCUGCAAAUAUCUUGGCAGAAAGAUCUGGGUACUGGCUUUGAAGUUGUACUCAGUGAUGGCAAAGCAGCUUGGAACGGAAGAGUGUCCAAAGAAGAAAUUUCCAAGGAAGCUGCUGACAUGGAAAUGGAUCUAGAGAAAUAUGUUGGAGAGUUAAGGAAAGUGUUGCUAUUUGAAGGAGGACAUGCAGAUACAUACAAUUUUCAUAUUUCUAAAGAAGGCAUGAAUAAAGACUACCUUCAGUUUUCCUAUGAAAAAAAUUUGAAAGAUGUUUCUUUUAGACUUGGAUCACUGAUGCUGCAAGAAGUCUCAAGCCCAGCAGAAAUAAUCAGCAAGCUGAUUAGUCAUUGCCUAGACUGCAUGGCAGGACUAGAGGCCAAAAAUGAGUGCCUUCAAAGAGAGAAUGAGACACUUCUCAGUGAUCUGAAUGACAUACAGGGGCAGUUACAAAAAUGUGUUGAAGCAAAAGAAAAACUAGAGAAUGAGCUGUAUCAACGAUUUAUCCUCGUCCUCAAUGAAAAGAAAGCAAAGAUAAGAAGCUUGAACAAAUCUUUAAAAGAGGCUGAAGAAAUGGUAAAGAAAUCUAAUCAAGCAAGGGACAGCAUAGCCACAUCAGAAAGUAAAGUUGAAAGAGAUGUUUAUGAAGGAAGCACUGAUGAGGAGAGUGAGAAUUUGACACAGCCCUCCACAUCUGCACCAGCAGUUAAACCCAGAAGGGACUCAUUACUUAGUAAUGCUGAUACUACAGAUGUUGCCCCAUGUAGAAAGAGAAGACAACGUAUGCUCAAAGUCACAAGCAGUGAACCAAAGGUGCCGUUAUAUGAGGCUCCAAAAACAGCAAGAGAAAAGCUUGAUCCUGUACCACAAAAAACGUCAGAGAACGAACUAUCACCAAAAGGCAUGCCUUCAGAGGCAGGAAAAAAUACUGAUGACCCCGAAGACCUCUUUGAUGAUAUCUGAUCAAUGUAGAAGGAGAUGAUGACCUCGUUACAAGUUGUUAAGCUCCAAUUAAUUAUCUGUCUAUGCCAAAGAAUACAUUUUACAAAUGGGGGAGUUAUUUGUACGUGAAGAUAACAUUUUAGAAUGGUUUAUCUUUUUUCUAAUAAAGGCUUUGUGUGUG